GGGGCGCGGAGCAGGGUGAGGCAGGCCGGAACAUGUCUGGCUCCGACGGAUCCACAACCAUCGAGCUCAGGCCAAGGCAAGGGGAGAGGCUAGGCAAAGCUCACCGGGUAGUCGCACGCGAGCCAAGGUAGAUGUGCUAGCGUGUAGGUGGGGCUGCAGCUAUCCAGCCACUGUGGUUGAAAAGCUAAGCGGAGCAAAGACCCCUCUGAGCUGCUAGCGUAGGGUGAAGCUAAAGUCACCGGCAUGGAGCAGCUCAGGUAGCAUGGGAAAGAGAAGAGGUAUGUGAUAAAAAAAUCCUGACAUAUGAGGCCCAUUGCCACAUGUCAAAAAUAUUGCCAUGCCAACGUGGUGUUAGCUUAAAAAUGGGUUCAAAUCAUCCUGGGAGGAAAAAUAUCCGGGUUUUGCAAGUUUAGGGAGGUUUGAUAUCUAUUUUUAUAGUUGAGGAAUCCUUUCAUGAUAGUCGAGGGAUGCAAUAGACUUUUUCCUUUGCCAUUUUACCGAAAGAAGGAAAUAUUUUUGAUGGGCCAAAAUAUGUACCCCAUACGAUAGUUGAGGGAGGCAAAAUAGACUUUUUCCUUUGCCAUUUUACCGAAAGAAGGAAAUAUUUUUGAUGGGCCAAAAUAUGUACCCCAUACAAUCCGUCCGUCUGGCCCGGCCCAUAAGCCACCUUGCCGUCUUGGGAUCGCGAGGCGGGGGAGGGGAACGCGAUAGACUGCUUACUUGUUUCUCCAGACCCAUCAUCGGCGAGUGGGCGGGUGAUCGUCUUCCCUGCGGCGCCGCCGGCGGGGCGGGUGAUCGAUCCAUUCCAUUCCAUUGGACUCGGAGGCCAGAGAGGAGAGGGGACCACAUCCCACAACGGCGCGGGACGUGAACGAGAGGGACGCUAUGUACGGGUACGGCUGUGGGGAAGCGGGACUGCGGAGCGGCACUGGGCGUUGCCGAAGCAUAAGCAUAACGAGGUUCACCGGAAGGUCGAGCCGGGAGCAUAUCGUCCCGCCAAAUCAAUCCACGUUAGAGAUAUGCGAGCUUCCUCUACGUCGAUGAGCAGUGGCAACAUUGAAGGGGGCAAUAUUGGGGAUGUGUACAAGAUGAGCAUAAGCGGAAUGUACCAGCUGGCCACUCCGGCAGAGAUCAAGCAUGGUGAUAUGGCUGUGGAGGAAGACGAGGAGAAGGAAUGGAGAUUGGAUGAACGGGAUAAGGCUCUGAUGGUGCCCAACCUCACAUGGGAGAAGAAAGUGCUGAGGGUUCUUGACAUGGUCCGCUGCCGAGAGUUAAUUGAAUUCAACCACAAGCUGAAUUACUUUACUCCUACCCGCUUUUGUGAAUUCAACAUAGCCUUCUUCGACCUCGAUAAAGAGUCGGAAGUUAUGCAUGGACCACUGUUUUAUGAUAUCCCUGAGUCUGAUUAGUGGCGCUUGGAUGAUUCAAUCAAUGUCAUCUCAAUCACGGUCGCUGAGUCUGAAUUGAGUGGCACCAUUAACAUAUAUGGCACCGUGCUAGCAAGGGAUCAGUAUGACUAUAGAUGCGUACAUUUAUUCAAGCGUGGUAGGGAGGAUUCCCAACCCAUCUCACCGAAGGUCUGUAUACGCUAUUCCUUUUAGUAGAUUAUAAUACUAUUUACUGAUCAAAUCAGAAUGCUGUUGUCAGUACUAUUAAUUAAUUUGAAUCAUCAUAUCUCUAAGAACUGUUUGACCA